AAAGGUCUUCCAUGUAAUCGAACAGUUGUAAACAAGCGUGAGGCUGGCCGCAGAGGGGCCGCUGAGAGGGUCGGGACAAUGCCACCCAGCAGGGCCGCCAAGGCAAACAGGGCGCUCAUCCACGAGUUCUGCACCAUCACAGGUGCAGAUGUGUCCUUGGCACAGAACCUCCUGGAGGCAUGUGGCAACAACCUGGAGAUGGCAAUCAACAUGCACAUGGAGGGGGCAGCCGGCGGGGGUGGGGCUCAGUCCCACCCAGAUGCAGCAAGCACAGGAGAAGAUGUUGUGAGAGCACCCAUUCCCCAGAAGCAGGAGGUACUGAUUGAUGGGCCUGAUGAAAUCGCCUUCAAUUUCCGUGGCAGACGCAGAGCCGUGAGAUCUGUAUUUGACAAAUUUCGAGAUUUUGAAGCAGAAACUAGGCGUCAAGAGGAGGAGCUGCUGGCAGGAAGUAGUGAGGGGGAUGCUGGUGGAGAGGCCUCAACCAGCAGCAACAGUAACAGCAGCAGCAGCAGUCUCUCAGCCUCAGGUCGGAGCCGCAGCAAAACAAAGACGUUAGAGGAUCUUUUUCGGCCUCCAAUUGAUCUCAUCUACAAAGGAACAUUCCAGGCAGCCCGUGACUAUGGUGUGGCGAAGAAGCGCUGGCUUAUGGUCAAUAUCCAAGAUGCAAGUGAGUUUCCUUGUCAAGUCUUGAAUCGUGAUGUGUGGUCCAAUGCUGCUGUGAAGACGAUCAUCAAGGAACAUUUCAUAUUCUGGCAGGUGUAUCAUGACAGCGAGGAGGGCCAGAGACACAUGAUGUUCUACCAGGUGUCAGAGUGGCCACACGUUGCCAUCCUGGACCCGAGGACUGGGGAGUGCUUAGUCACGUGGCACAAGCUGGAUGCUGUAACAUUUUGUGACUUAGUGACAGAGUUCCUAACUGCAUACCCCGGUCUGGACGAGAAUUCAUCACCUCCUAAGAAAAAACUACGAGCAGAUCCAAGUGACAGUAUUUUGGAAGCUGAUGAAGCAUCCCAAAUUGAGGCAGCCAUCAAAGCCUCUUUGGCUGAGUCUGAGGAGGGAAAGCCGAGUCCGGCGGCAGCCUGUGAGGGUGAUGAGGAGAACCAGGCAGAGUCAGAUUCACUGGAAACUUUUGACUCUGAUCAUGAAGAAGUGGACUAUUCACUUGCUAAGGAAAACCCAAAGAGAACAUUAAAUGGUGAAAAUACAUUGUUUGGAAAAGUAGUGAGUGCAAGUGAUGAGAAGGAGGACAGCAAGAGUUCUCACAGUGAAGAGAAGUCAUCAGACACAGAAAGCAUGCCCUCCAGUGAUGACUUGGACUGGAAAUCAUACUUGGGUCCUGCAGAUGACCCAGAGUCAAAGUUGAUGCUGAGGUUGCCUGAUGGCACCAGAGAUAUUGUGUCAAUGCCUUCCUCAUCCAAAUUAAUAGCUCUGGUGAAGUAUGUUAGCAGUAAAGGUUACAGCAGCGAGCAAUAUGAGCUGGUAACCAACUUUCCUCGUCGUGAAAUCUCUCAGAUGGACUUCAAUAUAACUUUAGUAGAUGCCGGGCUUUUCCCUCAAGAAGCAGUAUUUAUCCAAGCUAGAUAACCCUUUUUAGAAUUGUCAGGUUUAAAUUUGUCGUUUUUAAAGUUGAGAAACUUGUACUGCCUUUUUCACUGCCACCAAGUUUUUAAUCAAAAUGUUUUGUAUUAACCCAGUCAGAGCUAAAACUGGUCCAAACAAUAUAUGGCUGUGCUAAAUAUCAUGAGCCAUAGUUUUGUACAGACUACUAUUUAGUGAGUACUGAUGUAGUACACAUAAAAGUGCAUGUACAUCUUUUUGUAUUAUCCAUCACUAAUACUGCCACCACAGGAACACAUGUGAUUACUUGUUUCCAUGAAGUAUAGAAUCCUCAUUGUUAAGUCUUAGGAAUAUAGGUGGUCAGAUAUUAAGACCACUUACUCAGGAUUGGAAAGCUCCAUGUUUAUAUUAAAUGUAUAUCGUAAAUCAUUUUAAUUUGAAAAGCGAGUCAACUCAAAAGUACGUGGACAACAUGAAGGAGAGGAAUUGGCUGGUGAAUUCAUUGGUGCCAAGCUGAGCCAUGAGUUUGUUGGGAAGUAUGAUGUGGUGAGUUGGCUUCAGCUUGGCUUCUAGGCUUGGUCCAUUAGAACAACUAGUCCUGCAGUACUUACUCAUUUUACGUGGUUUUAUUAUCAUCAGUUUACCCCCUUUUUAAUAGCAGAUUUUGAGUUCUGUUACUGCAGGAAAGGAGGUAGAUGAUGUUUAGUCUUCCUGUUCUUAUGAAGGUUUUUAAAAGAUGUUUUGAUUUUUAAACUAAAUAUCUUGGAUUAUAAAGUAACUAAAAAUUGUUUAAAGAUCCAGAUGUCUUCUGAGAAGCUCAUAGUGGUCAUUUGAUUCAAUAUGCCAAAAACUUUGCAUUAGGUGCAGUGUAGUUGUCCAACUAGCAACUGAACAAUGUCAGGCCAUAAAAUAAGAAACUGCUACAGUUAUUAAUUUUCUUUUAUCUCCUACAUUGCCACAUGUGGUGUAGUUAUGAGCCUGACAUUAGUUUGCCUAGCUACAAAUCCUGGAUUCAUUCCCAGUGUGGGCAGUCUACAUGCAGCCCACCCAGCUGUUUAUCUUCCCUUCCAGCCUGGUUGUUAACCUGGGGAAGGUAAAUUGUGGUAACCUGGAUGUCACACUGGACUUGUGUCCCAUGGCAAUGGGUUCUUGCCCACCACAGGCUCAAAAGCUGAAGUAAUCUGAGUCUUGACACAAAGCGUAUGCCCCUAAAUUUGUCACCUUCCUCUGUCUUGGAAACAAAAGUCACAAGAAACUAUUUUAGGGGAAUAACUGGGAUGCAGAAUCAAUAUCAUUGCCUCUGCUAACAUCUGGGCAGAGAUGCUGUUAUCAUUCAAUUAUAUAAUGUCAGUACAGUUUUACUCCUCUGCUAAUACUCCUUCAUAUUUGUUCCUCAUGUCACUCUGUGUAGCAGCAUAAUAUUAGGCAUGCGUUUGCUCAUUACAGUGAAGAAUAUGUACAAAAACACAAUAAGAUGAAAGGUACUCGGAGAGGAGUCAAAGACCAUCUUGUCAAGGAGAAGAGUACAUGUAAACCUAUUAUAUUUACUAAAUAUUGAUAAUAUUAACAUACUGGUAAAAUAUGUGUGCAAGAAACUGCCUGUCAAGGGCAAGGGAGGCGACUAUCUCCCCAGGCACACUCGGGCAGCCCAACGGGGGGAGGUGGGUCUCUCUUAACUGCUGUAUCUCAAAAACUAUUCAUCACAACUUAAAAACAAAAAACACCAUUGGAAAGAGAAGGCCCAGAUCUAUAAGAUUCGGUUAUGUAUACCUCUCCUGCGAACGUACAGGCAUGUUCAGGGGGUAUUGCCUGUGAGUGUGACUGGCGCUCGCAGCGAGCUUUUAGCACCACCAGCAAGUGACGUUAGUGCUCGCUCUUUUAACCUCUGUAUCUCAAAAAUUAUUCAUCACAACUAAAAACAAAACAAAAACACCAUUGGAAAGAGGAGGCUAAGAUCUAUAAGAUUUGGUUAUGUAAGCCUUUCCUGUGAACGUACAGGCACGUUCAAGGGGUGUUGCCUGUGAAGAUGUGCAUCUGUGCGUGCGCAAGUCAGCCAUAUUGAGGCAACUGACUACAUCUCAUGAUAGGGUGCUGGCAGGGUAGUAUUUACAACUAUUUGGUAAAAAAAUCAGUCAGGUGAUGGGUGAAGCUAUGCUAAAAUGCUGCUAUAUUGGACAACAACAUCCACCAGUUACUCGUCACUAGAUUUUCUGUGCUAGGCUGAUAUGAUUUUCCACCAAAUUUAGUGUAAAACCCACUGAAUUGGCAAUGCUGAAGCUCGUAAAAUAUUGUCGGAACACGCUCAUAUGCGGGAAAUUUGAGUGUGAUUGGAGGUCAGCGAGCGUUUAGCACCACCAGCAAAUGACACUAUGCUCACUGCGAGCAUUUAGUAGUUUAAGGGUUAAGAGCUAAAAAAAAAAUACUGAAGUGCAUGAUUGGAUCUUAAAAUCUGUUCAUUCUUGAUAUCUUGGUAAGCUGCACCUCGUUCCCCAGCAGCGUAGAGUAUGUAACAGUUAUGUUCCAACACUCUCGGAUAUAGUACUUAACCCCUAAAGGAUAGGUGGAAGGCAAAAGUGCUUCUCUAUAGCCGGGCAUGUUUUGACAUUUCUCAUCUUCCAUUAUCAGUUUGUCAGCCAUGCUUUGACGUAUACCUUUAAUUUUCAUACCAUUAAGCUUAUCCAUAUUAGGAAAUAGUAGGAAACAAAACUGCAGAUCUAUAGGUAUUAGAUAAUUAGAGUGCUCUUGUAUUGCGAGGAUUGUAUGAGCUGUGUUAUGAGAUCGUAUGAGCUAUGUGGGGUUAUACAGCUGAGCCAGACCUACGAUACUGUUGAGAAAUGGGUGUGGCUUACCGAGAUAUCAAGAAUGAACACACUGCAGUUAACCAUUCAAUAUUUUUAUAUAUUUUCCUUGAGUUAGAAUAACAUUCAGCAAUGGCACAGGAAUAAAGAUAUUUUGAUGAUACUGCAGAGUUGCUGCUGGUCAGCAGACAUCUUAGCAAGUAUUAUGAAAAGCUGUAAGCAAUAACGAAGUCAACAUAUUUGAGAAGUAGAAUGUUACACAAAACAUAAGGAGUUAGAGCAUUUGACAACCCAAACUCCUGUCUCUUGAUUCAGAAUGGUUUGAAUUCACAAAAAUAAGUGUAGUACUGUACCAAGAAUUGUACUUGUAAACACACAAAAAAGAGUUUUAUAGUCUCAUGUGCCAUACAUUAAUAAAAUAGAAGUUUUUUUAAGAAAAUUAUUCAUUUUUAACCAUGACUACAAGUGUUCCCACAGAGAUGACAUGUUUUGUGACCUAAUUUACAAUCUGUUGCAUCCUUCUCAAAUUAACUUGAUUAUUUUUUUAGUAAUGGAAAUCCAACCCAUCAUUUACAUCAUUCAUGUAAGGAUGUGUGUUGAGUUUCAACAAAAUUGGUUCUGUAUAUUCAGCUUAUCUCCCAAAAUGUUUCGUGCACCACACUAAUUAUUUUCAUUUUUAGGGUUUCCCAACUAAAGUCAUUAAAGGAUCAAGUACAUGUAUUAUAUACCACUAAAAGGUUAUGUUUCUUUUUAGUUUUAAGGAGUUUAUAUACAUUAUAAUGUUCUAUGAAUAAAAAUACGUAACACAACAAA